ACCAUGGCCACCUCGGUGAGUUCCCACUUGAACAAAGGUGUCAAGCAGCUGUACAUGGCCCUGCCUCAGGGCGAUAAAGUCCAAGCUAUGUAUAUCUGGAUUGAUGGUACUGGAGAAGGGCUGCGCUGUAAGACCCGGACCCUGGACAGUGAGCCCAAGAAUAAAGAAGAAUUGCCUGAGUGGAACUUUGAUGGCUCCAGUACAUCUCAGUCUGAAGUCUCCAACAGUGACAUGUAUCUCAUCCCGGUUGCCAUGUUUCGGGACCCUUUUUGCAAGGACCCCAACAAGCUGGUGUUCUGUGAAGUCCUCACGUAUGACCGAAAGCCUGCAGAGACCAACUUACGGCAUGCCUGUAAGCACAUAAUGGACGUGGUGAGCAGUUACCACCCCUGGUUUGGAAUGGAUCAAGAAUAUACACUCCUGGGCACAGACAGGCACCCUUUCUCUUGGCCUUCCAAUGGCUUUCCUAAGCCUCAAGGUCCAUACUACUGUGGCGUGGGAGCAGAAAGAGUCUACGGCAGGGACAUCGUGGAAGCUCACUACCGGGCCUGCUUGUACGCCGGCAUCAAGAUCUCAGGCACAAAAGCCAAGGUCAUGCCUGCUCAAUGGGAAUUCCAGAUAGGACCCUGUGAAGGAAUCGACUUGGGAGAUCAUCUCUGGGUGGCCCGUUUCAUCCUGCACCGGGUGUGUGAGGACUUUGGAGUGAUAGCAACCUUUGAUCCUAAGCCCAUUCCUGGGAGCUGGAAUGGUGCCAGCUGCCACACCAAUUUCAGUACCAAGGCCAUGAGAGAGGAGAAUGGCCUAAAGUGCAUUGAGAAGUUCAUCGAGAGACUGAGCAAGCGGCACCAUUACCACAUCCGAGCCUACAAUCCCAAGAGGGGCUGCGACAAUGCCCGUCGCCCGACUGGAUCCCACGAGACCUCCAACAUCAACGACUUUUCUGCAGACGUGGCCAACCGGAGCACCAGCAUCCGCAUUCCCUGGACUGUCGGCCAGGAGAAGAAGGGUUACUUGGAAGACCAUCGCCCCUCUGCCAACUGUGACCCCUUCGCGGUGACAGAAGCCAUUGCCCGCACCUGUCUUCUUAACGAAACUGGAGACAAGCCCUGCCAGUACAAAAGCUAA